GACAAGAAAGGACAAAAGCAAAUGAAUCACAAGACGAUUCAUAAUGAUAAGGGUGAGCUAACAAGUCGUCGGGGUGAGCUGAGUUUGGUGGUUGCCAAAGAUGGGGAAGAUUGAUGUAGGAGUAGUAGUAGGAAUGGUGAUGGCAGAGUGUGCUCAAGUUGGGUUAAUGAUAGCGGGAAAAGCAGCCAUUUCUGAUGGAAUGACCAGCUUGGUCUUCGUUUUCUACUCUAACUCACUUGCCUCUCUCAUUCUGCUUCCUUCUUCCUUUCUCUUCCACAGAUCACAAGUACGUCCUCCCCUUACUUCAUCCCUCCUUGGCGGCUUCUUCCUGCUCGGCUUUCUGGGUACUUUUGCUCAAUUUUUUGGGUAUGCUGGGAUUUACUACAGCUCACCUACCCUUGCGACGGCUAUGCUUAAUCUUAUCCCGGGUUUUACCUUCGUACUUGCCAUUAUUUUCAGGAUGGAAAAAAUAGAUUGGAGAAGCUCCAGUAGCUUAGCUAAAUCAAUGGGAGCAGUUGUGCUGAUUACAGGGGCAUUUACAAUGACUUACUACAAGGGGCCCCCACUCCUGUUGACUCCCUCAACUUCAAACUCAUCCCUUCAGCUUUUCUUGCAACAAUCAAACUGGGUUAUUGGAGGAUUGCUCCUUAUUGUUGAUUGUUUGUUUGCUUCAACAUGGCUCAUUGUACAGGCAUCAAUCUUGAAGAAAUUCCCAGCUGAGCUGAUUGUUGUCUUUUUUUACUGCUUCUUUGUGGCCUUUCAAUCUGCAAUACUCUGUAUGUUUGUUGAUAGAAACCCUGGUGCUUGGAGCUUAAAAAAUCAUAUAAGAUUGAUUGCUGUCCUAUACUCGGGUAUUUUUGGUUCUACAUUCCAAGUUGGCAUCUCUACCUGGUGCCUCCACCGGACUGGGCCUGUAUUUGUUUCUAUGUUCAAGCCCCUAGGUAUUGUAAUUGCAGCUGCCGUGGGUGUCAUCUUCUCAGGGGAUACUUUAUAUCUUGGAAGUUUUAUUGGAGCAGCUGUAAUUGUCAUUGGUUUUUAUUCUGUGAUGUGGGGAAAAGCCAAAGAAGAAUAUGUGGAUACUGGAGUAAGAAGCUUUGACCCCCAAAAGACUCCUCUCUUGCAAAUUGAUACUGAAAAGACAUGAUUCAUUCAUAAAUCAAAACCAAAGGCUUUUCCUACCAAACAAAAUUGGGAAGAAGUCUAUGAAGCCUGUGUGAGUAGCAUGAAGAAUUUGUUUCUAUGCAAUCUUGACAUGAGAGGCACGAUCUAAUAUUCUAACACUUGGAAGAAAAGUUCAGCUUUGGACAUGGAGUCGGUCAAAACCAUCCUGAGCUCUCCAUCGAAGAAGGUACUAUGACAUUAAAAGGGCACUGCUGUCUUACCAACCCCUUUAUUGUUUCAUUCCAAGUUAUCAUAUAACUGAACUUUGUGCCUGGGAAAGUGAAAGAUUGCAAGCUUAUUGUGAUAGUAGUUAAAUUAAAAUAAUGUAAAAAAAUGUAUAGAGAAUCUCUUUCAGUUCAAUUUUAAAAAUAUGAAGGAUUAUACAUUGUUAUAUUAUCCCA